GCACUGAUUGGCUGAGGCGGGAAAGCACCGCCGUGUGGGCGGCUUCAGUUUCAGUUUCGGUUCCGCCCCGUUAGUCGGCUGCGGCCGGGCCUGUGGGGCGCCUGCAGUGGGGUUCCGGAUCCCGGCCACGAGAUUUCUGAUCAGGAUUGUUAAAAUGAGUCUGCGGAAGCAAACCCCCAGUGACUUCUUAAAGCAAAUCAUCGGACGACCAGUCGUGGUAAAAUUAAAUUCUGGAGUAGAUUAUCGAGGGGUCCUGGCUUGCCUGGAUGGCUACAUGAAUAUAGCCUUGGAGCAGACAGAAGAAUAUGUAAAUGGACAACUGAAGAAUAAAUAUGGGGAUGCGUUUAUCCGAGGAAACAAUGUGUUGUACAUAAGUACGCAGAAGAGGAGGAUGUGAAGACGCCAAGUAGAAUACUUUUCAUUCAUACUUGGAUAUAUUUUUAAUGAAAUUUUUGGUUCUUUCAUGAUAUAAUUUGUCCUAUUUCAUAAUAGUUGGUGAUUUUUUCAUUGACAUGUGGAUAAGGUAUAUGUAUAAAAUUGUGGAUUUAAUUAUAAAGAGUUCUUUCAUAUUUAAGUUUUAGUCAUUUUCUUUUCCCUGUAUGUCAGUGUGCAGAACGCAAAAAGAAUAAAAAAAGGAAAAAAUCUA